AUGAGUGCAAACCAAGAAGUCAGAAUACACGACGUGUGGAAUUCGAACGUCGAAGAGGAGUUCGCAAAAAUGAGGACUCUCAUUGACGACUAUCCUUUCGUUGCAAUGGAUACUGAAUUCCCAGGGGUUGUUGCCACUCCGCUCGGCACUUUUAAAAGCAAGGAAGACUUUAAUUAUCAACAAGUAUCCUGCAAUGUGGGAUUCGCGUUAGUCGAUGAGAAAGGAGAUCUUCCACCAACAGGCGAUGUAUGGCAAUUUAAUUUCCACUUUUCGCUUUCCGAUGAUAUGUACUCACAGGAGAGUGUGGAAAUGCUCAGAGCAGCUGGAAUCGACUUUACUCGUUUGCAGAACGAAGGUAUUUCAAUGGACAUUUUCGGCGAACUGUUGACAACAUCAGGACUAAUUGUGGAUGACCGGAUUACGUGGCUUACAUUCUCGUCGGGCUAUGAUUUUGGUUAUCUCCUGAAGUCAAUAACCCUUGGCGAACUUCCAAAGGAGGAAUCGCAGUUCUUCCAAUUCCACCGAGCACUAUUUCCUCGUUGUUACGACAUUAAAUUGAUGCUACGGAUGCCUGGUUCAUUCAAUACCAAACUUAAAGGAGGCUUGCAAGAGGUGGCAGAUCAGUUGGACGUUAAACGGCAUGGCAUGCGUCAUCAAGCUGGAUCGGAUGCCCUGCUUACUGCGAAAACGUUCUUCAAAAUAAAGCAACAAUUUUUCAACGAUAAUUGGGACAAGGCUAGUUUUUCUCAAAUGUAUUUACUUCUUAACUGUUUUGUUUCAUUGUGGUUGCUUAAGCUCUCGAUACCUCAUGUUCAGCAGACUUUUAGACAAAGUAAAGGAUAG